GGAGGAGGCUGGGCCCAGUUCGCCGCCUUUCCUGAGGGAAGGAAGGAAGGGAAGGGAAGGGAAGAAGGCGCGGGGAUGGCACGAAGGGCGCUCUGAGGGCCAGGAAGGCGGCGGCGGAGGAGCCCGCCUCGCCAGGCAGCGACCUUCUCUUGGAUGACCCAUGUCUAUCUCCAGUGAUAAUGUCUGGAAGGAGGCCAGCCAUUUCCUGUCUGUUCCAGUUAUUACAAACUCACAUGAUGCGAAGGCCGCAAUUUAGUACCCAAAAGACAUUGCUUUUAAAGUUGUCUAGAUGAUUGUCGUCGCUUUUGUGGUGUUCUUUGUGACCAGAAGCCUUCUCCAAGGUUUACGGCAGACUCUUGAGCAGCACGUUCCCCGGUGGCUGCAAAGCUUGGGAGCCAACAACAUGGGCAACUCCUGCGUCUGUCGAGAAGACAGUGGACCGGAAGACAACGCGGAAUCCAGGAGUCGCCAGGCGGAGAGCAGCAGAGUCCCUGCGCCUGAAACAAGGAGCCAUCCGAGGGACCCCGUACGGCCUCCCCGUCGGGGACGGGGCCCCCAUGAACCCAGGAGGAAAAAACAUAACGUGGAUGGAUUAGUUCUGGACACGCUGGCGGUCAUUCGGACACUUGUCGACAAUGAUCAGGAACCUCCUUAUUCCAUGAUGACUUUGCAUGAAAUGGCUGAAACAGAUGAAGGCUGGCUGGAAGUUGUCCAAUCGCUAAUUAGGGUUAUUCCAUUAGAAGAUCCCCUGGGACCAGCUGUUAUAACGUUGCUACUGGAUGAGUGCCCGUUGCCAACAAAAGAUGCAUUGCAGAAGUUGACGGAAAUCUUAAAUUUAAGCGGAGCCGUUGCGCGCCAGGAUGCGUGCCACCCUGCCAAACAUCGGAACACCACCGCCGUCCUGGGCUGUUUGGCAGAGAAGCUUGCGGGUCCUGCAAGUAUAGGUUUGCUCAGUGAAGGAAUCUUGGAAUACUUGCUGCAGAGCUUGGAGUUCCAGUCCCACCCAACAGUAAUGCUUUUUGCACUAAUAGCCCUGGAAAAGUUUGCACAAACAAGUGAAAAUAAAGUGACUGUUUCCCAGACUUGCAUCAGCGACCAACUUGUCCUGUUAGAGAAAUGGAUGGAUAAUCCGGACUACUUAAAGCGCCAAGUCGGUUUCUGCGCUCAGUGGAGUUUAGAUAACCUGUUUUUGAAAGAAGGCAGGCAGUUUACGUACGAGAAGGUUGACUUGACCCACAUUAACGCCAUGCUGAAUAGUAACGACGUCAGUGAAUACCUUAAGAUCUCACCGCACGGGUUGGAGGCCCGGUGCGACGCCUCCUCUUUCGAAAGCGUCCGGUGCACCUUCUGCGUGGAUUCUGGCGUCUGGUAUUAUGAAGUCACGGUCGUCACGUCCGGCGUGAUGCAGAUCGGGUGGGCUACCAAAGACAGCAAGUUCCUCAAUCAUGAAGGUUAUGGCAUCGGGGACGACGAGUACUCCUGCGCAUACGACGGCUGCCGGCAGCUGAUCUGGUAUAAUGCCAGAAGUAAACCGCACUCCCACCCGUGCUGGAAGGAAGGUGACACAAUAGGAUUUUUGCUGGACCUGCAGGACAAGAAGAUGGUUUUUUAUUUAAACGGGAACCAGCUUCCAGCCGAGAAGCAAGUCUUUUCUUCUGCUGUGUCUGGCUUCUUUGCUGCGGCGAGUUUCAUGUCCUACCAACAGUGCGAGUUCAACUUUGGAGCGAAACCUUUCAAAUACCCGCCAUCCGCUAAAUUUAGCACCUUUAACAAUUAUGCCUUCCUGACAGCAGAAGAGAAGAUCAUUUUACCCAGACACAGACGCUUGGCCUUGUUGAAGCAAGUGAGCAUCCGAGAAAACUGCUGCACCCUUUGCUGUGAUGAAAUAGCCGACACUGAACUCAGGCCGUGUGGACAUAGUGACUUGUGCAUGGAGUGUGCCUUGCAGCUGGAGACCUGCCCUUUGUGUCGGCAAGAGAUCCAGACCCGGGUCCGACAGAUCGCUCACAUUUCAUGACACGCGGUGGAUGCUUUUUCUCUCCGGAGGACGUGCUGCCCCCCCCCCCCCCAAUUCCACCUGGGGCCCAAAGGAAGGAGGAGGCGGCGGCGAGGAGGCCACGCAGACCAAGGCCCGGUUUGGGGCGUUUCCGUAACGGACGCAGAUGGAACCCUGUCCAGUCGCACUGCUGCCUCAGAGCCGUGGAAUGUCUCUUUUUAGCAGUAAUGAAAGUCGGUGGUGAAGCUCGAGUGACCUGUGGUUUUGUCUCCGGCCAAAACCGCUGGAGAGUCCCAUUUCCCCCCCAUUUCUUCCUUUCUUCCUUCCUUUCCUUUCUGCUCCUUCCCGCUGCCUGUCGUGUCCCGAGGACUUAUUUUGCACUGGAAACAAAAGUAAUUCGUUCUCUCCCAUCUCCCGGGAGCGUAUUGGACUCUGGGAAGCCUUUUUAUUUGUAGCCGACGUUCUGCAUCGGAAACAAAACAAAACAAAAAAAGCGUACCAAUAUUUCUUGGUCGAUGUAGCUUCCUUCCUGCUGGUCAGAGACCUUCUGUAAUGUCCCGAGACUUGAAACACCUACAUGAAGAAAUCGAUUUGUAAAGUUGGCACAAAGACUCUAGAAGAAUCCAAAAUCUUUUGAUAACUUAGUGAUUCCAAAGAACAUUGGUUGUGUCGUUUGCUCUUUUUAUUUUUGAACCGCAAAAAAAAGAAAGAAAGAAAAAGAGAGAGAUAUUUUGAUUUGCAGCGUUUCCAGUUCCUUCGGUUUUGGUCCCUCCAUAUUUUUUGUUGUUGUUGUGAAAAGAAAAAAACGAAUUUUCAGGAGGAAUUCUCGCCAUUGCAGUGCCCGGCUGGAGCGAUAUGUUUGAUAUUCUCAGUGUUUUUAAGGUACCAUCGAUCAUUGUGCUUUUUUAAAAAAGAAAUUCAGUAUCUGUUCUUGCAAAUCCUGUACAUUUCGAAACAAAGGUUGAGAUCUAUAGAUCUCCAAAUCUGGCAAAGAACACAAACGUGUUUAAUAUUGUUUUUGGAAGAAAUACAUGUUUGUUUGUUUUUUGAAAAAGUAAGGCGGCUUAUGUCAGUGAAACUCCCGUUUGGGUCAAACUGGAUGUAACAGAUUUAAAAUUAUAUUUGGAUGCUGUUGGAGACGAAUUGCAUUGGAGCUUCCUAUUGGAUUGUGGAAUACUAGAGCUUCCAAUGAUCUCUUGCUGUAUACAAGGCUGUGUACGCGCAGUUUAAAAUCCCAUGGAAAUGCACACAACGCAUUGAACCCUUGUGUAAAAUCUCAAGAUUUUUUUUUAAGCGUACACCUACGUACAUAAAACCUUUUCCGAA